GCGAUGUGCCAGCGAGGGUGCGGCUAAUCGAAGGCACACCACUCUGCUUUGCACCAGUGGUACUUCUUCUUCUACCAGGAGCCACAGAGUCACUUCUGUCAACUCUCCGCGUCGCCUUCCGGCGCCAUAUCAUAGGCCUUGGGAGGGGCAACUUGUACUCGUCAUUGGCGGCGCAGAACGGCAAGGAGAAGGUGAAUAUGCAGAAGUUUCUGAAACUGUCGAACGCCUUCAACAUGCUUCAAGAGAAGAGGGCCAUCGACAAGUUCGUGAACUGGAGGAAGGUCAAGCAAGGCAUGAAUAGAAGAUAA